AUGCCUACCUGGACAAACCGGCUGCUCCAACCAAGCAAUCGCAAUGAACCAGUCCCGGUCGCUGCCGGCGGGAAUUCUCGAAAUCAAGGCCCCUCAAGAAUCACCGAAUCGGAUAUAAUAGACAGCGCCUUUGGUAUCCCGACUUUGCCCCCUUCGCAGGGAGCACGUAACGGCAACCCAACCAAACCAGCACAAAGAAAUACCCAUGGCCGUUCUAUGAGCCACCCUUUCCCUUCGAUAUUCCCUGGAAAAAAGAAGCAUGCCGGCGAGGGCGGGGCCGCAGCAGGCUUUGAAUCAACCGACGAGGAGUCGGUGUCCCAACAGAUGGUUAGGAAUACGGCGAACGCCUCAGGAAACAAACAGAAAGUCCCAGAUAAGGAUUUAACAACGGGGAAAUGCAAGACUUGCGAUUCCAUGGUGCGGUGGCCAAAGGAGUUGAAGGUCUUCAGAUGUACCGUGUGCUUAAUGAUCAAUGAUCUGAAGCCUGUUGCUUUGGAGGCGAGGCGUGGCGAUGGACAUAGAGUACCUGUUGCUGUGAAAUCUGGCUCACAUCCUGGAAUAUCUCAAAGAGUCCAUCCCUUGUCUCUCGAGAAGACUAAAAAGCUAGUUGAUGAAUGUAUCACUUCUUACCUUAUUAAGAGAUUGAAACACGACAGCGGCUUAAUAGACAGUCCAGUAGCAUCUCCUUCAACUUCACCCUCCGGCGUUGCCCCUGGUGUUGAGACUAGGCCAGGGCCCGCUGGAAAAAGCAACGGGGAUGAGGCGAAUCUGCUACAGCUUCCUUAUAGAACGCCCCCCAUCCAUCUAUCUCGCCGUGCAGUUGGGGCCAAUUCGCAUAGGGACUCCAAGCGUGCCGACAGUGCUCAGUUUUCCACAUCAUCACCCGGUGACUUCUUCGGUUCCCAUAUGGAACACAUAGAGGCUUCUACUCGUCCAGAUCGCAAGAAUGGAAAUGCUGGAACUUGUGCAGAAAGUAGCUAUGCCUCUGGGAAGAAAGAAGACCAAGAUCAGCGAAACCGUACCGCCACUGUCAAAAAUCUCUUCAAGGCUCUGGAGGACUAUGUUGUCAGUUCUUUCGCAUCCGUAGAAUGCAUAAACGCAUCAUUCUCAACACUGCAACCAAACAUGGCGCCGCGAGCCGCAAGCGAUUCAACUAGUCAAAGAGUUUCUCCUCCGAGGGAAAAGGAAAAACAUACUUUGGCCGAAGUUGCAAUGCCUGAAUUGUGGGAGCUAGAUCCUAAAACUCUUUUAGUUGGUAAUUUUGCGGAGAAUGGCUCCUGGUGGACCGGUGGUCGCUCAAAUACCAGAAGCCAUGAGCAAUCAAGGACGGCUCGCAUGGGUGGUGAUGGUGACAAUCCCGACUCAGUGACCGUGAAGUCACCUCGAGUCAAUUGGGCUGAGGUCAAUGAGUGGUACCAUUCUGUUCUCAACGCUGGAACUUCAUGGCGCAAGACACUAGAUAGCCUUACAGAAAGUGAUGCUCUUGGAUCAGAUCUCCACCCUCUGACUAAAUCAGAAAUCGAAGAAAUCGAAGAGCAAAUCCUGGAAGCACAGUCUCAUGCGCAGAGAGUCUUAUUGAAAGCCACUGAGAGUCUACUGAAACGGCCAGGGCGUCCUCUAAGUGGACCGCAUGACCUCCGUUUUCUUCUCAUUGUUCUCGCAAACCCCUUACUAUAUCCCUCUCAUGCGGCAUCAAAAUCAAAGAUGCACGAGGGGCCUAGAUCUCGAUCUCAAGAGAGAAAGGGUUCCAAUUUAGGCUCGCUCGAGCCACCCAAACCGAGCAUACAGUCUCGGUCGCCCGCUGCCCUAAAUGCACGCAAGGGGAGUUCAGGACAGCAUUCAGGAAUUAUCAAGCGGAUACUAGGUCUUUUGUCGAAUGUUCCAAACGAAUGCCAUCACCACAUAGUUUCCUGGUUUGCUCGCUACUCAGACGGACAUUUCCAAAGAACUGUCGAUUUAGUGGGAAGUUUUGUUACCUACAGGCUUGGGAGGCAGCAUGGAAAAAGACGCGAGGCAGAGCAAGAUCUAACAGCUGGCUUGAUACCAAGCAUGAGUGGCUCAGGAACAGUCAAUUCAGCUGCUCUACAUGCUGCACUGGGGGUUGCAGGCCAAUCCUCAAAAAAGGUUGACAACAAACCACAGGCUGUUGUCUAUAACGGUGACUGGCAGAUUAAAGCUGCUUCUAGGGUCAUGGCUUUACUUUUCUCUGCAAAUAAUAGCGGGUUAUCGAGAAAGGGAGAAACACGGUCUCCUCCUACUUUGGAAGCAGGCCGAAGCUCUGGAUUAGCUGCUCGGGAACGGGCCCAUAACCACGGCCAAAUACUGCCCACCAGCGAUUUUUACAACACUUUACUCGACUACAUGGACCUUACAGCAGAUUUUGAGGCUUGGGAAUCGAGGCGCGGCAAGUUUGCUUUCUGUCAAUACCCGUUCUUCCUUAGUAUAUGGGCUAAGAUACAAAUCAUGGAGCAUGAUGCACGGCGGCAAAUGGAGGUGAAAGCCAGGGAAGCUUUCUUCGAUAGCAUCAUGACUCGCAAGACUGUCAAUCAGUAUCUCGUCUUGAAGGUACGUAGAGAUUGUCUCGUUGAGGACAGUCUUCAGGGAGUCAGUCAGGUAGUUGGAAAUACCGGCGAGGAGAUCAAGAAGGGAUUAAGGAUUGAGUUUAAGGGCGAGGAAGGCAUCGACGCUGGUGGCCUCAGAAAAGAAUGGUUCCUUCUGUUAGUCAGAGAUGUCUUCAACCCUGACCAUGGUAUGUUUACCUAUGAUGAGGACUCUGGUUUCUGCUACUUCAACCCGCAUAGCUUUGAGACGACCGACCAAUUUUUCCUUGUCGGCGUCGUGCUAGGCCUGGCAAUCUACAACUCAACUAUUCUCGAUGUUGCUCUCCCGCCUUUCGCUUUCAGAAAGUUACUGGCCGCUGGUCCUCCUGCAGCACCCGGAGCAACCUCACACGCAAAGCCAUCCAUGACUUAUUCCCUGGAAGAUUUAGCUGAAUUUCGCCCAUCAUUAGCAGCGGGUCUUCGUCAGCUCCUAGACUUCGAUGGAGAUGUACAGGCAACCUUCUGUCGAGAUUUUGUUGCCGAUGUUGAACGUUAUGGUCAAAUAUCCCAGGUGCCACUGUGCCCAGAUGGACAAAAUCGGCCAGUCACAAAUGCCAAUAGACGAGAGUUUGUGAAUAUCUACGUGCGUUAUCUUCUAGAUACGGCUGUGGCUCGCCAAUUCGAGCCUUUCAAGAGAGGAUUUUUUACCGUCUGCGGAGGCAAUGCAUUAUCGCUAUUCAGGCCCGAAGAAAUCGAGCUUCUCAUCAGAGGCUCAGACGAACCUCUAGACAUUGCAUCUUUACGAGCUGUUUCCGUCUGCGAGAACUGGGGUGUUCCGAAUGCCGUAGAAACAGAGCCUGUAGUAUCAUGGUUUUGGGAGUCCUUCCAACAUGCAAAUCCAAAAGACCAGCGAAAGCUUCUAAGCUUCAUCACCGGGAGUGACCGUAUUCCGGCUAUGGGAGCGACGAAUUUGAUCAUCAAGCUUUCCUGCUUGGGUAAUGACAGCCCCAGGUUUCCAGUGGCAAGGACGUGCUUUAAUACGUUGUCAUUAUGGCGUUAUGCGUCCAGGCGAAAGCUGGAACAUAUGCUUUGGCGUGCUGUGUAUGAGAGUGAAGGAUUCGGUUUGAAAUGA